AUAAAUGAGAAAGGAAGACAAAAAAGGCAAGCCUUUUCUAAGUGAUCAAAUGGGCAGAGAGCUCCCUCGGGCCUGCAGAGUGGGGGUAGCCGCGGCCAAAGCGUCACCAGGGAGGCCCCGCGACUCACACGAACUCUACACCUCGCGCGGGGACCGGGACCACACACAGCGAACACACCACGCGAGGCCAGCAGCAGCCUUCUCACCUGGUCCGCCGUUGGAUCCCGCUUCCCACAGCGGGCCCAGCGACGCACUGUCUCAGAGGCUCUCGCCUAGUAAAUGCCCCUUCCCACCGCCCCCCGCGGUGUCGUCGUGACAUCACUUCCGGUCUCAGGCGCGCACGUGGGAGGAAGUGCGGGUACCCGCGGCCCGCCGCUCCUGUCUCUUUGGUUACCCUCGUCCGCCGGCCGGACCGUUGCCUCCAACUGUGUUGCCGCUAUGGGAGUCCCAGCGUUCUUCCGCUGGCUUAGCCGCAAGUACCCGUCCAUCAUUGUCAACUGCGUGGAAGAGAAGCCAAAAGAAUGCAAUGGUGUAAAGAUUCCAGUUGAUGCCAGUAAGCCUAAUCCAAAUGAUGUGGAAUUUGAUAAUCUGUAUUUGGAUAUGAAUGGAAUUAUCCACCCCUGCACUCAUCCUGAAGACAAACCAGCACCAAAAAAUGAAGAUGAAAUGAUGGUUGCAAUUUUUGAGUACAUUGACAGACUUUUCAAUAUUGUAAGACCAAGACGGCUUCUCUACAUGGCAAUAGAUGGAGUGGCACCACGUGCUAAAAUGAACCAGCAGCGUUCAAGGAGGUUCAGAGCAUCAAAGGAAGGAAUGGAAGCAGCAGUUGAGAAGCAGCGAGUCAGGGAAGAAAUACUGGCAAAAGGUGGCUUUCUUCCUCCAGAAGAAAUAAAAGAAAGGUUUGACAGCAACUGUAUUACACCAGGAACUGAGUUCAUGGACAAUCUUGCUAAAUGCCUUCGCUAUUACAUAGCUGAUCGUUUAAAUAAUGAUCCUGGGUGGAAAAAUUUGACGGUUAUUUUAUCUGAUGCUAGUGCUCCUGGUGAAGGAGAACAUAAAAUCAUGGAUUACAUUAGAAGACAAAGAGCCCAGCCUAACCAUGACCCAAACACUCAUCACUGUUUAUGUGGAGCUGAUGCUGAUCUCAUUAUGCUUGGCCUCGCUACACACGAACCCAACUUUACCAUUAUUCGAGAAGAAUUUAAACCAAACAAACCCAAACCGUGUGGUCUUUGUAAUCAAUUUGGACAUGAAGUCAAGGAUUGUGAAGGUUUGCCAAGAGAAAAGAAGGGAAAGCAUGAUGAACUUGCAGAUAGUCUUCCUUGUGCAGAAGGAGAGUUUAUCUUCCUCCGGCUGAAUGUUCUUCGUGAGUAUUUGGAAAGAGAACUCACCAUGGCCAGCCUACCAUUUACAUUCGAUGUGGAGAGGAGCAUUGAUGACUGGGUGUUUAUGUGCUUCUUUGUAGGAAAUGACUUUCUUCCUCACUUGCCAUCAUUAGAGAUUAGGGAAGGUGCAAUUGACCGCUUGGUUAACAUAUACAAAAACGUGGUGCACAAAACUGGGGGUUACCUUACAGAAAGUGGUUAUGUCAAUCUGCAAAGAGUACAGAUGAUCAUGUUAGCAGUUGGUGAAGUUGAGGAUAGCAUUUUUAAAAAGAGAAAGGAUGAUGAGGACAGUUUUAGAAGACGACAGAAAGAAAAAAGAAAGAGAAUGAAGAGAGAUCAACCAGCUUUCACUCCUAGUGGAAUAUUAACCCCUCAUGCCUUGGGUGCAAGAAAUUCACCAGGUUCUCAAGUAACCAGUAAUCCCAGACAAGCAGCCUAUGAAAUGAGGAUGCAGAACAAUUCUAGUCCUUCAGUAUCUCCUAAUACAAGUUUCACAUCUGAUGGCUCUCCAUCUCCAAUAGGAGGAAUUAAGAGAAAAGCAGAAGACAGUGACAGUGAACCAGAGCCAGAGGAUAACGUCAGGUUAUGGGAAGCUGGUUGGAAGCAACGGUACUACAAGAAUAAAUUUGAUGUCGAUGCAGCUGAUGAGAAAUUCCGUCGUAAGGUGGUACAAUCUUAUGUUGAAGGACUUUGCUGGGUUCUUCGAUAUUAUUACCAGGGCUGUGCUUCCUGGAAGUGGUAUUACCCAUUCCAUUAUGCACCAUUUGCUUCAGACUUUGAAGGUAUUGCAGACAUGCCUUCUGAUUUUGAGAAAGGUACAAAACCGUUUAAGCCACUAGAACAACUUAUGGGAGUUUUUCCUGCGGCAAGUGGUAACUUUCUACCUCCAACAUGGCGGAAGCUCAUGAGUGAUCCUGAUUCUAGUAUAAUUGACUUCUACCCUGAAGAUUUUGCUAUUGAUUUAAAUGGGAAGAAAUAUGCAUGGCAAGGUGUUGCUCUGUUGCCGUUUGUGGAUGAGCGAAGGCUGCGAGCUGCCCUAGAAGAAGUCUACCCAGACCUCACUCCGGAAGAGAACAGAAGAAACAGCCUCGGAGGGGAUGUCUUGUUUGUGGGGAAACAUCACCCACUCCACGACUUCAUUUUAGAGCUAUACCAAACAGGUUCCACAGAGCCGGUAGAUGUACCCCCUGAAUUGUGUCAUGGGAUUCAAGGAAAAUUUUCUUUGGAUGAAGAAGCCAUUCUUCCAGAUCAAAUAGUAUGUUCUCCUGUUCCCAUGUUACGGGAUCUGACACAGAACACUGCAAUCAGUAUUAAUUUUAAAGAUCCGCAGUUUGCUGAAGAUUACAUUUUUAAAGCUGUAAUGCUUCCAGGAGCAAGAAAGCCAGCAGCAGUACUGAAACCUAGUGACUGGGAAAAAUCUAGCAAUGGACGCCAAUGGAAGCCACAGCUUGGUUUUAACCGGGACCGGCGACCUGUCCACUUGGAUCAGGCAGCCUUUAGGACUUUGGGCCAUGUUAUGCCAAGAGGCUCAGGAGCUGGCAUUUACAGCAGUGCUGCACCACCACCUGGGACUUACCAGGGAAACUUAUACAGGCCACUUUUGAGAGGACAGCAAGCCCAGAUCCCAAAACUUAUGUCCAAUAUGAGGCCCCAGGAUUCCUGGCGAGGCCCUCCUCCUCUUUUCCAGCAACAAAGAUUUGACAGGGGUGUUGGAGCUGAACCUCUGCUGCCAUGGAACCGGAUGCUCCAAAGUCAGAAUGCAGCUUUUCAGCCAAACCAGUACCAGAUGCUAGCCGGACCUGGUGGCUAUCCACCCAGACGAGAUGAUCGUGGAGGGAGGCAGGGAUAUCCCAGAGAAGGAAGAAAAUACCCUUUACCACCACCCUCAGGAAGAUACAGUUGGAAUUAAGCUUUUGUAAAGCUUUCUCAAAUCCUUUCAUCAUUCUACAGUUUUAUGCUAUUUGUGGAAAGGAGAUUUCUUUCUCAAGUAGUAGUUUUUAAUAAAACUACAGUACUUUUUGUGUAUUUCUUUUAACUGUGUAUAUUUCUACUGAUCUGAUCUCACUGUUUUAUGUUGCUUUCCAAAGAUGUGUGUUGCAUAAUACAGUGAAUCUGAAUUUAUUAUUGCUUGUAAACAAAUUGAACAGAAUUAGGAGUACUGUUUUUUUCAUUAUGGUUAAAAAUUGUACCAGCUGUGAAUUUCAAAACACAGUGUAUUCUAGAUCAUCUAAGAUCCAUGCUGAUUUUUAAUGUGCAAGAAUUAGGUAUGAACAUUUGAGCUGGAACCCUCAAUAAAUUAGAGUAUAUAUUGUUCAAUAUUUCAGAAACAUUUCAUUAAUGUACUUGUCUUACAGAAAUUUCUGAACUUCAGUAAAAAAAAGAAUAAAAAUAAACUUUAAGAAC